CAAGCAAGAGUGCGUUUGCGUAGCCUGGUGUCUUGUCAGGAUUUCUCUUGCAGUGAUUUCGUAACUGCCACUCUGCUCUCUCUCCUGUGAUCGAUUUAAAUUUAGAACCACUCCUUUUUUAUUUGCCGGCAUUUGAAAACAACAAAACUAUUUUAAGCUCCAGCUGAGUUCCAAGGACAAUCUGACAUGACUGCUACUACAGAUACAGACGAAAAUUCAGAACACAAAAAAGACGAGUUCCAUGAUUUGCUCCUGGAAAAUGAAUCGGUUGAUGCAAAGAAAGGUGAGAUGGCCUAUGACGAUGUCCUGGAGCACUUGGGGGAGUUUGGUCGCUACCAAAAACGAAUCUACUUCCUACUCUGUCUUCCAGCUAUAUCUUGUGCUUUUCACAAGCUCGUUGGCGUCUUCAUUCAGGCCAGAGUUCCUUACAGGUGUAAACUUUCUUGGGAGCCCUCGACCAGUAAUUAUGGGUUUCUACGGAAUAACAUGUCAACUUACUACCCUAUGGACCAGCUGACACACACAUUCAGUGGGUGUAAAGUGAUCGAUCUCACAAGUAAUUCUACCUCAGAAUGUGAUUCAUGGGUGUAUGAUAGAACCAAUUAUGAGAGCACUACUUUGACCGAGUGGGACUUGGUGUGUCAUAAAGCGUGGUGGAAGGCAUCAGCUGAUGCCAUAUUCAUGAUUGGUGUUCUGUUGGGAUCAAUCAUCUUUGGAGCCUUAUCCGAUAAAUAUGGUAGGAGAAUUAUAUUUUUCAUCUCGCUCAUACUACAAGCAUGCGCAGGCGUACUUACUGGAUUGGCCCCAAAUUACUUCAUUUUCGUGUUUUUGCGGAUGAUCGUCGGAGCCGCUACAUCUGGGGUGUUCCUUGUUGCUUAUGUGUUGGAUUUCAGGUUUCCUAAAUCUAAAUUUUCAUCUAAUCCUGAUUCUCCAGGCGAAAGGAAAGAAGCGUCAGAUCGGUUGGUUUCCGGCUUCCUAUGUGAAGACGCUGGCGGGGGCGGGACGGGCCGAACCACCCCCUUGCAGUGCAAGACCCCCGACCCCAUGCCUCCUGUCGACAAUCCUGGCGCUGGUCUGUUUUAUAAUUAUUAA